UAUUGAAACUAGAAGAAGGACAUCACGUGUUCGUAGCGGCGCACACGUCUGCCGGUAAAACAGUUGUCGCUGAAUACGCUAUUGCUAUGUCAAGAAGAAAUUGCACUAGAUCCAUCUACACUUCUCCAAUAAAAGCACUUUCCAACCAAAAGUACAAUGACUUCAACAAGUUGUUUGGUGAGGUUGGGUUACUCACCGGUGACUUACAAAUCAACGCCAAAGCGCCCUGUCUGGUGAUGACCACGGAGAUCUUACGGUCAAUGUUGUACUGUGGUUCCGAUGUCACUAGAGAUCUCGAGUUUGUGAUAUUUGAUGAAGUGCACUAUAUUAAUAAUGCUGAGCGAGGCUACGUAUGGGAGGAGGCGCUGAUCCUCCUGCCAGCGCACGUGAGUAUAGUGAUGUUGAGCGCCACGGUGCCCAACACGCUGCAGUUCGCGGACUGGGUGGGCCGCACCAAGAAGCGGAUGGUGUACGUCGUGUCCACGCCGAAGCGACCCGUGCCGCUGUGCCAUUAUCUUUAUACAGGAUCUGGGGGCAAAUCAAAGCACGAGAGAUUUAUGGUAGUGGACCAAGAUGGGAACUUCCAACUAAGGGGAUACAACGAAGCUGUUGCAGCUAAGAAAUCCAGAGAAAAUGAAUAUAAAAAGAGCUUUGGGCCAAAAGGUGGAAAGCAAAUGAGCAACUCAAAAGCAGAACAGACCAUGUGGGUAGCCUUUAUCGAUCAUUUGAAGCAAAAGGACAAGCUCCCUGUGGUCGCAUUCACACUCUCACGUAACAGAUGUGACCAAAAUGCACAAAAUCUGGUGUCAGUUGAUUUGACCACCGCAAAAGAGAAGGGACACAUACGUUCUUUCUUCCAGAGAUGCUUGCAAAGGUUGAAAGAGCCCGAUAGAAGACUGCCACAGGUAAUAAGACUGCAAAGAGUGUUGGAAAAUGGCAUCGGCGUCCAUCACAGCGGUAUAUUACCGCUGCUCAAAGAAAUCGUCGAAAUGCUGUUCCAAUCUGGUUAUGUGAAGAUCCUGUUCGCGACGGAGACGUUCGCGAUGGGCGUGAACAUGCCCGCGCGCACCGUGGUGUUCGACGAGGUCACCAAGUUCGACGGCGUGCAGAGGCGCACGCUCGCGCCCGCAGAGUACAUACAGAUGGCGGGCCGCGCCGGGAGGAGAGGUCUGGACGACACUGGUACAGUAAUAAUCCUGUGCAAGGACGGCGUGCCAGACCUGGUCACGCUGAAGGGCAUGAUGAUGGGCACGCCGCAGAAACUAUCCUCGCAGUUCAGACUCACAUACGCCAUGAUCCUCAGCCUGUUGAGAGCGGCAACAGUAUCAGUGGAAGGCAUGAUGCAACGUUCAUUCCGUGAAUUCCAUCAAUUAUGCCAAGCGGACAACUACAAAAAGCAACUUCAAUUGGCAGAGAAGGAGUAUUCUGAGAAGUGCAGUACACCGCUGCCUGCGCAUUUAGCGCCAUUAACGUUGUUCUACGAUACCGCAAGCUUGUAUAUAGAUCUGAUGAAUGAGUUCAUGCCGAUAUUGCUGAACCAACCCAAAGUGGCGAAGGAAUUGGCCCCGGGCAAGAUAAUGAUUGUAUCUGCCGGACCGUAUAUUAAUCAGCUCGGUAUAUUUUUGAAUGGCAAUGGACCCCGGCAGACUCCAUAUAAAGUGUUAGUACUAAACACAGCAGAACAAGACACCAACAGAUAUAACUUCGAAGUGGACGACAACUGGUAUAGGAUGCUCAGCUUCUCUGUUAUGUACGACGGUAUAGGUACCGAAGAGAGUACGCUAGAUCACACAAUACUGUGCAUAGCACCCAAAAACAUAAUAGCUAUUACCAAAAUGGAUCUCAAAAUUGAUGCCAACAUCAUCAUACAAGACUGGGAGAAGAGGCAGAUGCCACGGUUCAAAGACGCCCCGGUGGGGUCUAGCUGCGCAGGCGCAGUGCAGGAGCUGUCGCGACUGUCGCACGCGGUGCGGUCGGGCGCCACACAGCUGCCGCAAGUCAAUCUCACGCAGUCGCUCGCACUCACCACCGGCGAGAUACUUGAUGCGCUCACGCAGAUGAAGACGCUGACUGCUGUACUAGAACAACAAAAGAAAAGCACGGACAUAGCGAACUUCAAAUCGGAAUUCGCAAUAAUCUACGAACGCAAGCAAGCGGAGAAGAAACGUGAUAAGUACAAGAGAUUGCUCUCGUUCGAGAACCUCGCUCUCUACCCGGACUACCAGCGGAGGCUGCUCGUGUUGAAAGAACUGAAUUACAUUGACGAACACGACAAUGUUAUAUUAAAAGGUCGCGUGGCGUGCUGCAUGGGUACCAACGAGCUCAUCAUAUCGGAGCUGGUGUUCCGCAACGUGUUCACCGACAAGAACCCGGCGGAGAUCGCGGCGCUGCUCAGCUGCUUCGUGUUCCAGGCGCGGACGCAGGUGGAGCAGGCGCUCACCGACAAACUCGACGAGGGCGUGAAGGCCAUCGAGGCGAUCGAUGCUGAGUUGGCGAAGGUCGAGUCCAAAUAUAUGAUAAACCAAUUCGAAGGUCAACAAGAAAGACUUAAUUUCGGUCUAGUCAGGGUCGUAUACGAAUGGGCACUUGAAAAGCCAUUCGCGGAGAUUAUGGAGCUCACGGAUGUGCAAGAAGGAAUUAUUGUGAGGUGCAUACAGCAACUACACGAGCUCCUAGUAGACGUGAAAGACGCAGCGGUCGCUAUCGGCGAUCCGCAGUUACAAGCAAAGAUGAUGGAGGCUUCAACCGCAAUCAAGAGAGACAUCGUGUUCGCGGCCAGCCUCUACACCACACAGAAAGAAGCUGUCACCAUCUAGCCCAGAGCCAAAGCUCACGCGGCGCUUAAAAGUCUGCGAGAAAUAAAAAAAUCGUAAUGCGCGUUUUAAUACGAUUACGUAAAUUUGUGAUUAGGUAACAUGAUUUGAGAAGACACUGCAAGAUACGGCGAUCUCAAUUUUAAUCUCCGAUCCGAAAAUAAACCAAUCAAAAUAGGUCAUUUGUAAGCUUGUCACAAAACUUUGUUCUGAUUGAUCCAUUUUCGCGAUAUGAAUAAAUCAAUUUGGAUCGCUUAUUUAAAACGACAGUAGAACCUAAGCCAUAUAAAAAACUGCUCUCAUUACGCUAGUGAAAUAACGAGACAAAAGUGUCGAUAUAAUCCCUAGCAUAUAAAUAGUUAAAGCUCAAGUUCCUAACAAACAACGAUUAUUGUAUACUUAUUAAUCACGUUGCCUUAGUGUGCGUCCAAAUCUGCUAAAUGCACGUGAUUGGAGACUUGUGCACGCUUGUUAAUUUGUCCGCGCUAACUUUAACACAGGUUUAACGCAAUCACGUAACAGAGUUAAGGGACCGUUUUGAUAAAUACAUCUCACCUUUGAGUAAACUUUCAAAUAGACAUUUAAUUUAUUGAAUUAUUUAAUAAACCAAGCUGCAAGCUGCAGCUAUUUAAUAAAAAAGCAGCAUCGACUCAGUGGAGAACAACCUUUCAAAUCAGCUUGGUUUAUUAAAUAAUUCAAUAAAUUAAAUGUCUAAACCUGAGAUGCAUUUAUUAAUUUGGCCCUUGGUGAACUUAAUAUGAGUGCGCGACCUCACUAAGCUGCCAAGUAAAGGUGCACGCGAACUGUUCGGGUGCGCGUUCGUACCGCAAUCGCCAUAUUUGGACGUAAUACCUAUAUACCUAUAACCUCCACACACCAAUAUUGCCUUAGCCUCAUAGUACAUUAUAUUGUAAUCAUCUUUUAUAUUUCUGUAUUUUUUCAUAGAACGAAUAUAUAAACAGUAUUUAAUCUGUAGUUAUAAAAUUAUAGUAAAUUUUCUCUAUAGUACAUUAGCUUAGCAAUAACCUUUGUAGUUUAACCGCUUAAGUAAAAAUAAGGGCACACGAGUUGUAAUAGAAAGCUGUAAAAAGUGUCGUGUAUUUCGAAGGCUGUACGAAAGUUUUCGAGCACUAGGACGGCGCCAAAGGGGGGCA